CCUGCUGCGGACAUGCGCUGUGUGCAGUCGCUGGCUGGCUGCUUGCUUCUCUGCGACUCCACCCCUCCUGCAGACGAAGGCAUGGCGAGCAUCGAGGCUAGAAGGGAGUGUGAGACAGAUGGCUGCGGCCAAGACGCCAAACUUCAGUGUCCCACAUGUAUCAAGCUUGGUAUUCAAGGCUCCUAUUUCUGUUCACAGGAAUGUUUCAAAGGGAGCUGGGUGUCUCACAAGUUGCUGCACAAAAAAGCAAAGGAGGACAAGAACCAGAAUGAAUCUAAGAACUGUGUGGAGAAUAACAUCAACACAGACCCAUGGCCGGGCUACCGCUACACAGGAAAACUACACCCUUACUACCCACUGACUCCCAUGAGGCCCGUGCCCGGUGACAUCCAACGACCUGACUAUGCUGAUCAUCCCAGAGGGAUAUCUGAGUCUGAGCAGUUUCUGAAGGGGACGUCACAGAUCAAGAUCCUUUGUCCUGAGGACAUUGAAGCCAUGAGAGUAGUGAGCAAGCUAGCACGGGAAGUCCUGGACAUCGCAGCCGUAUUGGUGAAACCAGGUGCUACAACAGAAGAAAUCGACCAUGCUGUGCAUCUGGCUUGCAUUGCAAGGAACUGCUACCCCUCCCCCCUCAACUACUACAACUUCCCCAAAUCCUGCUGCACGUCUGUCAAUGAAGUCAUCUGCCAUGGCAUCCCAGACAGAAGACCAUUACAAGAAGGAGAUAUCCUCAAUGGUAUGCUCAUUGCAAUAAACAUUUUGGGACCCUAUACCACAUAUGACGGCCAUGAUGACCUCAACGACCUUCUAUAUCGGCUGAAGCCUGGCAUUCGCUACAGAGAAUUAGGUAACAUCAUUCAGAAGCACGCUCAGGCCAACGGCUUCUCGGUGGUGCGGAGCUACUGCGGUCACGGUAUCCAUAGACUUUUCCACACUGCUCCCAAUGUGCCACAUUAUGCCAAAAAUAAAGCAGUUGGAGUUAUGAAGCCUGGCCACGUGUUUACCAUUGAGCCCAUGAUAUGUGAAGGUGGCUGGCAAGACGAGACGUGGCCCGACGGCUGGACGGCGGUGACCAGAGACGGGAAGCGCUCGGCUCAGUUCGAACACACCCUGCUGGUGACGGAGACUGGCUGCGAGAUCCUCACCCGCCGCCUGGAGGACAACGGUCGCGCUCAUUUCCUUAACCAAGUGUAGGCCAGACUUGAACGCAACAAGGACUGGAUUUUUCAGACACGGACGCCCAGCACCUCUGGGCCUCACACAUACACGCACAGUCACUCUCUCUCUUUCACUCACACACACACACACACACACACACACACACACACACACACACACACACACACACACACACACACACACACACACACACACACACACACACACACACCUCAAACAAGAGGCACCACUCCUAGAGCUCAGUUUAACUGUGGCUUUCAUUGUUCUUUGAAUUAAAUAUCGGUUCCUCAAAAUAAAUGGAAGUACUUGAAUGUGUCUUAUAUCAAACGUGGAUCGCUUUAUUAGUGAGAACUGUAUCCUCUGAAGGAAAUUAUAAACAUAUUUAUGAGAUAACGGUCGGGCUUGACAUCAGGCCUGUUUUGAACUCUCUAGCUCAUGUCACCCAGAGAUUUUACUGGCUGGCUAGUUGUGUGUGGUGCUCAAGGCAAAUCCAACUGGUACGCUGUGCUUCGUUUCUUUUCUCUCAACCUCUGCUAACAUAAUCAGACUUCAUAUGACUUUCCCAGAGAUGAACUGAAAAGAAUCGGCAAUACUUAGAGACACAGAGAGGAAUCCUGAAAACUGGGGUCAACGAGUCUCACAACCUUAACAACUAGCAACUCAAAACGUAUUUUGGAUAUUAAAAAAAACAACACUAGAUAGAAAAUAAUUUAAGUUUAGAUUUCAAGCAACAAAAAAACUAUUGUCUAUCAGUUCUUAUGCAACAGAAGCAGAGUUAGGCAUAUUUAAACAAGUAGUUCUAUAUUUUAGGCUAUCCACAUAGUAGCUUUCUUGGCCAGAGUUGGAUGAGAAGAUCAAUACCGUUCUCAUAUCUGUCUCUUCAAUAUGUAGCUACAACCAGAGAGUGGUUAGCUUAGAUUAGCAUAAAGACCGGAAGCAGGGGGAAACAGCUUGCCUAGUCUUUAUCCUAAGGAAAGCUGAGCUAAGCUAACCUCUCCUGGCUGGCGCUUAAUAUGUGAUGGUCCGAUAUGAGAGUUGUAUUAAUCUUAUCAUCUAAUUUUUGUCAAGAAUGCAAAUUUAGCAUAUUUCCCAAAUGUUUGGAAAAUUUCUGCACUGGUUUUGAAAUAUGUAUAGCUUCAUACCGGCCUGUUGGGCAGUCAUCACGGUCUCAUUUACCUGGUGACGUGUCCAGUAGAAGCGCUCUUAACUCCUUACAUACUAAAUGUGGCUAUUAUUAGUGCACCGACAGUUUUCCAGUUGAUUAUGUCAACCGUGGUUGCUAGGAGAAUUAUGACGCAACCACAGAGAAAUCUACAUACAGUCAAUUUCCAGAAUGAGAAUAACGACAUUGAGCACCAAAUCGUUCAAGUGCUAAGCUUGUUCAUCCUGCUUUGAGGAAUACUCUUUUUAGUUUCCAAUAGCCCUGGUGUAGCAGCCUUAAUAUGUGAGUCUAGGAAUUAAAACGUGCUGGUGUGAGCAGCAUUCGUUCUUUCUAUUUGCAGAGGACUAAUGUGAUCACCGUUUCUCUGCCAUCUUUGUAUUUAUUCUAAUGGAGUAAUAAAUGACUCUUCUGUA